AUGCCGACCGCGCCUGGGGCCCUGAGGAUCGUUUGGGGCGCCUCAAAGGGGAUCCCCGAAGAUCCGAGGGACCCUGCUCCACCCCUCCGGGGACGGGAUACUGUCAUCAGAGGUCGCCUGUGCCAGGGUAGCCGAGUCCUCGCCGCCCCAGGGGCCAGGGAAGGGUCCAAGGACGGCGGACCCGUGGGGCACGGAGCCGAGCGCAUCCUGGCGGUGCCCGUACGCACUGACGCCCAGGGCCGCUUGGUGUCUCGCGUGGUGUCGGUGACGACCGCCCAGGCCGGGGUUCGGGCCCGCAGGGCUGCCCCCGCCCAGACCCUGGGCUUCCCUGGAGGCAGUGAGGAGGACCCUGACCGCCGCCUAUUCUACAACAUCACUGUCUUCAGCCGAGACCUGCACCUGCGGUUGCAGCCCAACUCUCGCCUUGUGGCGCCCGGGGCCACAGUGGAGUGGCAGGGUGAGUCGGGCACCACUCGCGUGGAGCCCCUGCUUGGAACCUCCCUCUACAUUGGAGACGUGGCCGGCGUGAGUGAAGCCUCCUCCGUGGCGCUCAGCACCUGCGAUGGGCUGGCUGGCCUGAUUCGUAUGGAGGAGGAGGAGUUCUUUAUCGAGCCCCUGGAGAAGGGGCUGGCAGCGAAGGAAGCUGAGCAGGGUCGUGUGCAUGUGGUAUAUCGCCGGCCAUCUAACUCCAGGCUCCCUUCUCUCGGGGUGCCACAGGCCCUGGACACAGGGGCCUCCCUUGGCAGCCUGGACAGCCUCAGCCAUACCCUGGGCAUCCUGGAGGAACGGAUCAACAGUUCAAGGCGCAGGGCACGCAGACAUGCUGCCGAUGACGACUACAACAUUGAGGUCCUGCUGGGUGUGGAUGAUUCUGUGGUCCAGUUCCACGGGAAGGAACACGUGCAGAAGUACCUGCUCACACUCAUGAACAUUGUCAAUGAAAUCUACCAUGAUGAGUCCUUGGGGGCCCACAUCAAUGUGGUUCUGGUGCGGAUAAUCCUGCUCAGCUAUGGGAAGUCCAUGAGCCUUAUUGAGAUUGGAAACCCUUCUCAAAGCCUGGAGAAUGUCUGCCGGUGGGCUUACCUCCAGCAGAAGCCGGACACAGACCACGAUGAAUACCAUGAUCACGCCAUCUUCCUCACACGGCAAGACUUUGGGCCUUCAGGCAUGCAAGGCUAUGCUCCUGUCACCGGGAUGUGCCACCCCGUUCGCAGUUGCACCCUGAACCAUGAGGACGGCUUCUCCUCGGCGUUUGUGGUAGCCCACGAGACCGGCCACGUGCUAGGCAUGGAACACGAUGGGCAGGGCAACCGCUGUGGCGACGAGGUACGGCUGGGCAGCAUCAUGGCACCCCUGGUGCAGGCAGCCUUCCACCGCUUCCACUGGUCCCGCUGCAGCCAGCAAGAGCUGAGCCGCUACCUGCACUCCUAUGACUGCCUGCGGGAUGACCCCUUCGCCCACGACUGGCCGGCGCUGCCCCAGCUUCCUGGGCUGCACUACUCCAUGAACGAGCAGUGCCGCUUCGACUUCGGCCUGGGCUACAUGAUGUGCACCGCGUUCCGGACCUUCGAUCCCUGCAAGCAGCUGUGGUGCAGCCACCCUGACAAUCCCUACUUUUGCAAGACCAAGAAGGGCCCCCCACUGGAUGGGACCAUGUGUGCACCUGGCAAGCACUGCUUUAAAGGACACUGCAUCUGGCUGACGCCUGACAUCCUCAAACGAGAUGGCAACUGGGGCACCUGGAGUCCAUUCGGCUCCUGCUCGCGCACCUGUGGCACAGGUGUUAAGUUCAGGACCCGCCAGUGCGACAACCCACACCCAGCCAACGGGGGCCGCACCUGUUCAGGUCUUGGCUACGAUUUUCAGCUCUGCAACUCCCAGGAUUGUCCUGACACACUGGCCGACUUCCGUGAGGAACAGUGCCGGCAGUGGGACCUGUACUUCGAGCAUGGUGAUGCCCAGCACCACUGGCUACCCCAUGAGCACCGGGAUGCCAAAGAGAGGUGCCACCUCUACUGUGAGUCCAAGGAAACCGGGGAGGUAGUGUCCAUGAAGCGCAUGGUGCAUGAUGGGACACGAUGCUCCUACAAGGAUGCCUUCAGCCUCUGCGUGCGAGGGGACUGCAGGAAGGUGGGUUGUGAUGGAGUGAUCGGGUCCAACAAGCAAGAAGACAAGUGCGGUGUGUGUGGAGGGGACAACAGCCAUUGCAAAGUGGUCAAAGGCAUGUUCACACGCUCACCUAAGAAGCUGGGUUACAUUAAGAUGUUUGAGAUCCCCACAGGAGCCAGACACCUGCUCAUCCAGGAGGCAUACAUUACCAGCCAUCACCUGGCCGUCAAGAACUUAGAGACAGGCAAGUUCAUUUUAAAUGAAGAGAACGACAUAGAUCCCAGUUCCAAAUCGUUCAUCGCCAUGGGUGUGGAGUGGGAGUACCGGGAUGAAGAUGGCCGUGAGACGCUGCAGACCAUGGGCCCCCUUCAUGGCACCAUCGCUGUGCUGGUCAUCCCGCAGGGAGACACCCGGAUCUCGCUGACGUACAAGUACAUGAUCCAUGAGGACUCGCUCAAUGUGGAUGACAACCAGGUCCUGGAAGAGGACUCCGUGGGCUACGAGUGGGCCCUGAAGAAGUGGUCCCUGUGCUCCAAGCCCUGCGGUGGAGGGUCCCAGUUCACCAAGUAUGGCUGCCGCCGGAGGCUGGACCUCAAGAUGGUGCACCGCAGUUUCUGUGACGCCCUCCCGAAGCCCAAAGCCAUCCGCCGGGCUUGCAACCCACAGGAGUGCUCCCAGCCCGUAUGGGUCAUGGGCGAAUGGGAGCCGUGCAGUCAGAGCUGUGGGCGGACAGGCACGCAGGUUCGCUCCGUGCGCUGCAUUCAGCCACUGCACAACAACACCACUCGCACCGUGCACACCAAGCACUGCAAUGAUGCACGGCCCGAGGGCCGCCGGGCCUGCAAUCGUGAGCUCUGUCCUGGACAGUGGCGGGCCGGACCCUGGUCCCAGUGCUCUGUGACCUGUGGCAAUGGCACCCAGGAGCGGCCAGUACUCUGCCGGACAACGGAUGACAGCUUUGGGAUCUGCCGGGAGGAGCGACCUGAGACAGCAAGGACCUGCAGGCUGGGCCCCUGCCCAAGAAACAUCUCUGACCCCUCUAAGAAGAGCUAUGUGGUUCAGUGGCUGUCCCGACCGGACCCCGACUCGCAGGUCCAGAAGUCUUCGUCAAAGGGCCGCUGCCAAGGCGACAAGUCAAUGUUCUGUAGGAUGGAAGUCCUGUCUCGUUAUUGCUCCAUCCCAGGCUACAACAAACUGUGCUGCAAGUCCUGUAACCUGCAUGACAACCUCACUGAUGUGGAUGACAGGGCAAGGCCACCGCCCGGGAAGCAUAAUGACAUUGAGGAGCUCAUGCCCACCCUCCCCGUCCCCACUCUAGUCAUGGAGGUGCAGCCUGCGCCAGGCACGCCCUUGGAGGUGCCUCUCAAUGCCUCCAGCACCAAUGCCACUAAGGAUCACCCAGAAACCAAUGCUGUUGACGUGCCCUACAAAAUCAAUCGUCUGAACAAUGAAGUCCAGCCACCCAACCUAAUCCCUCGACGGCCAAGCCCAUAUGAGAAGACCAGAAACCAAAGGAUCCAAGAGCUCAUUGAUGAGAUGAGGAAGAAAGAGAUCCUCGGAUAGUUCUAAUAAAAUGGAAAGGUAGCAUCAAUAGCAUUUUUUUCUUGCUUAUAGAGAUAUUCCAUGGGAUGGCAAAUCCUGUGUCAUGGUGAUUAAGUCACAAUUCCUGAGUCCCAAAAGUUUUGAGGUAACAGAGGGAGAAUCACAUAAAAAAUAGAUAUGUGUGUAUUAUAUAUAUGGUUGUGAACAUGUGGCAACAAGGAGAGCACAUGGGUGUCCCAGCCCCAGAAUGUUCCAAAUCCUGAACUGUGGGACUGGGGUAGAGAGGAAUGUGGAGCCUACAUCCUUUGUCAGUGAGGGAGGAUAACUUGGAGAAAGAAGACAUUUGCCUCACGUUUCUGAGCAGUAACCAGUGGUGACAACCCUUCUAGAAACACAAGACAUGUCCUUCUAAUCCCCAGGCCUAGACACGAGCCCCAUGGGGACUCUUAGGAAACAAUGAUUUAUUCACUAACUUCCCAGUCACUAAGAUGAGCACAUUGAGGUUGAGGCUGUGGACUCCAGUGCCUUCAAUGCCAGGCAGGUGGUGAGGAUGAGUGUGGUGGCAGCUGGGGACCAGGACCAACCUGAGAGCUGCUGAGUGUCUAGCAUUACUGCCUCUGUGAGAACUGGCCUGCUGCCAGAUAGCAUGCUUUUUCACUAGAAGUCUAGAUUUCGUGUGAAAAUUCUGUCUUUAAAGAUCAGCUCAAAAUACUCUGAGGAGGCUGGGAGGCUGUCAGGGUGUAGGGCCGCCAGGCUGCAGCCUCUGGUCUCAGGCAUGGCCUGACAUAGCCUGGCCAAUUAAGGACUUAGGGGAAGCCAUCUGACCCACUUGGUGCUCACCAGCUGUGCUAUCUCAGCUAUGUCUGAGCUGUGACGCUGCCCAUUUCUUCCUAGGAAAGUCCCGGGAAUCUUUUAACUCUGGCUUGAGGAUUGAUCUAAAAAGGGGGUCACGUUUUCUGCGAGAUAAGCCAGUGGGGUGCACUCCCAGGUCUCUCUCCUCUCCAUGAACCCUGGCCUUGCUUGUCCCAUCUGGCCAGCCUGGCCUCGGCCCUGCAGCUCCCCAGAGGGGCUCUCCCCUUCCACAAGUGCAUGGGAAGGCUGACAGGCAUGCGCUGUGCUGGGAAGUCCAGUGAGUGGUCAAGGCUGUCUCUCCCAGAGGGGUGGGAGUGCUGCCACCAGGAUGGUCAUGCCUGAGGGACCUACGAUGGACUUUUUAGGCUUGGGUAUGCUUCUGAACACCAGUCUUGCUUGUGGGGGAUAGGCCUGCCCUAUUGGAGCCUUCCAGCCCCCCAGCCCUGCCCCACUUUCAUCCCUUAGAAGUUUCAAUAGGGAACUGCCAGAUCUGUCCUCUGAUGGGAGGCAUUGGGUGGGAGGUAGGGAGAGCCCGCUGUAUCUUUUGCUCCUUCCAAACAGUAACAGUUUCUAUUUCGGCAGAAUGGUGCUUUGUGAGCAAGAUGUGAAUGAGUGAAAAAUAAGAAGGGAGUGGGUGGGGAUGGGUGGGACAACAAUGGCUAAUUUUUACCUCUCCCUGCAUAGAUAUUAACAUGCAGCUUAAAUUUCCCAAAAUUAUAAGACCUGGGGGGCACAUUAGCUCCUUAGCUGGGCCUCCCUUAACACAUAAUUCUUAGGCUUUUCAUACCCACAAGAGUUCUAGAGCCUUUUUAUUCCUGCCAGUCAGAUCUUAGAGAACUCUUUUUUGUUUAAGUCCCCAUUAUAUGGACAAAAAUACUGAGGCUCAAGAAAGCACCAUGACAGCAACUUUAUAUUGAGUUUUGAGGUGCUAAGUCUGUGUGUGUGAAUCUGUGCAUGUGUGUGAGUGUGUCUGUGUGGGUAGCCUAAGGGACAAAGAAAGGGUGUAGGACAUAGUGAGAACCGUAUCUGGGAUGAUGCUUAACUGUCCAACUGGGUGAUGACCAGCCUUUCUGUCCCCUGGCAUAGCUGCCCUCUCUUUCUGCCACCAUGCCCCACACAUGCUCAGACACUGUGCAAUGUCUAAAGGAGUUUGCUGACUCCUAAGAACUAAACUGGAGAAAACGUUUUGAACAUCUCUCAUAGUAUCACUUCUUCUCUAGUAAGGUGUGGUAUACAGUACUUUCACAAUCCUGUCAUUAUAAUUAGGAAAUGGGUCCCUCUGCUUUCUCUCAUGGCAGCUGGUAUUAGUCACGGCCUGAAAGACUGGGCAGUUCUUGCUUGGGUCUGUCUUGGAAUGAUGUAAAGGAAGUUUGGGGUGAUUAACCCUGUCCAGAGAGUAUUACUCAGUUUACCCAGCCUGGGGCCUCAGAAUCAGAAAGGUCCACUCCCAGAUCCUGGCAAAGUGGGACUACAUAUCUUGGGGCUGGAAGUCCUUGGAGAGCCCCUAGCUGGGACAUUGCCAUGGGUACCUGUCUUUGGCUAGAGGGAGAGAGAUGUGCUCUGGAAGCUGUAUGCCAGCAAGGCCAUGUCCUAACAUGCCAUACUCAGUGCCUUGGACCAUAUAUCCAGAGUUCUCCAGAAGUAAGUAGUCCUCAGAGGUCUCUCCCCAAGGAAUGCAGUCUAUGCAGCUCUGAAAAACUGAAAAUCACUGAGCUUGGGACAGUUGGAGAGCAGGCUUAGCAACAGUGCUGAGCUUCCAGAGCCAGUGUCCGGCCGGCCAGCCGGCCAGCCCUGUGUUCAAAGCUCCUGCCUCGUGGGGAAGGCCACACAGCUAUUCUAGCUGAGUUUCAUAACACCAUGUGUGAUUCAGAUGUUCUCUGUCCACAAUUCUAAAAAAACCAGCUGAGGGACUCGGGGAUCACUUUAUGUUCACAGGGAGACUUGUGCUAGCAUUUUGGGACCUGGCUCUCUGAUAUAUUGCUUUUGGAAAACCCAUGGAAUUUCACAUAUAAGCAUUUCAUUUGUAUUUUAAGUUUUAUUUUUUUGUUUUUGUUUUUUUGCUUGUUUCUUUGUUUGGAGUGUAUAAAUGGUGCUCAAUAGAAAAGCCUAUCAGGUGACUGUGUACUCCUGUGUGACAGGCAGCCAGCACAAAAAAAUCAUCACGGUGCUGAACUCCAAUCACAUUUUAUCUUACUGAUCACAGCAAACAAUACAUCUGUUUUCUGUAUAGUAAAAUUUGGUUCUUUGAUUUUAUAACUUAUUAAAGUCAAACAUCUGUGUUUUUGCA